AUGGCCGACUUCGCCUCUGCCCUUUCUUUUUUGACCGAUAACCCUGCUGCGGCAGCUAUACAAGAUUCAUACGAUGCAUUUGCACGGAGGAGAGCAGACCUUGGGCUGUCGAAUCCUGGAACCGUCGAGAUGGUUGCUCGCGAGGUCCAGAAGGAUGUCCUGCUUUCCAAUUUCAUGUUCACAGGCCUCCGUGCCGAUUUGACCAAGGUCUUUGGAGUUUCGCCUCUUUUCCGAGUCUCUCAUGCAUUUACUAUGGGUUCUCAAGGAAACCUACCUCCAUAUGCAUUUUCUACCAUGUUUGGUACCUCAGAUGUCCUUAUGCAAGGUAACAUUGGUAGUGACGGAGCCCUAGCCGCAGUUGCCAAUUAUCGUUGGAGCCCAUCUUUGGUCAGUAAAGCCAAUGUCCAGAUAAUGCCUGGUUCUUCUCAGGGACUCCUGCAGCUCGAUAACGACUAUACGGGAGCCGACUUUUCGGCAUCCCUCAAGGCCUUUAACCCGUCAAUUCUGGAGGGUGGCCUUACCGGCAUCUUCAUUGGAAGCUACCUGCAGUCUAUCACUCCUGGUUUGGCUUUGGGCUUGGAGGCCAUGUGGCAGCGUGCUGGACUUAGUGCUCGACCAGAGACUGCCUUGUCAUACUGCGCACGAUAUAAGGCAGACGACUGGAUUGCUAGUGCCCAGUUACAGGCCCAGGGAACAAUCAAUGCCUCAUUCUGGAAGAAGCUUUCGGAUAAGGUCGAAGCUGGUGUGGAUAUGAACCUUCAAUUCGCACCAAGCGGCAACCCAAUGAUGGGAGGUAUGCAGAGAGAAGGAACCACGGCUGUUGGAGCCAAGUAUGAGUUCAGGGCAUCUACCUUUAGAGCCCAAGUUGACAGCGCCGGAAAACUGAGCUGUCUCUUGGAAAAGAGAGUUGCAAUGCCAAUUUCUCUCACCUUUGCUGGUGAAAUAGACCAAGUCAAGCAAACUGCCAAAAUUGGUCUUGCAGUCUCCUUUGAGAUGGCAUCAGAGGAACUGAUGGAACAACAGGAGUCUGGAGAGCUGGCUAGCGUCUCUCCACCUUUCUAA